AAAACAAAAUAAGGCAGACGACUACCUUAUUUUGUCUUGUGUUCACGGAGCUGGGAGUGCAGGAGGAGGAGGGAACGUGAAAGCGACGUUUAACAGCGGGACACUGCCCCUUUAACAGCCAGUCCUUCCAGCAGCGGUGGAGGGCAGACUGCAGGAGCAGCACAUCCACAGUGGCAGCUCACUCACCUGACAGCAGCGUGGCAGACCGAGGCGGACAGGACAGGCAGAACCCGCAGCCUGCUGCCUCACAUCGGCACACACCGCGUCCUGGAGGGGGAAUGGGGGGCACAGAGCCCGCCUGCUAGCCAGAAUACGAGUUCCUAGACCCGGAGAAGGCUCACGACUCUGCUAUCCAGCAGCAUGGUAUCCUGGAUUAUUUCGAGGAUAGUGGUCAUAUGUCACAUCAGCAUAAAUCUGCACAAAGACCAAAGGGUGCAACCAGAUGCACAUCAAAAACCCAGCUUUGUGUGCAGUCCCAGAGUUGUGCACGAGCCAACACAUGGCAACCCACCCCUGGCAGACCCAUAUCCUCGCCUUUGGGACUCUAUACCCAGCUUACUCCUCCUACAAGGCUGUCAAAACGAAGAAUGUGAAAGAAUACGUAAAAUGGAUGAUGUACUGGAUAGUAUUUGCACUGUUUAGCACAGCAGAGACAGCCACAGACCUGCUUCUGUCAUGGUUUCCAUUUUACUUCGAACUAAAGAUAGCCUUUGUGAUUUGGCUCCUGUCCCCCUACACCAAGGGCUCCAGCGUUCUUUACCGCAAGUUUGUCCACCCAACCCUCUCGAACAAAGAGAAGGAAAUUGAUGAAUACAUCGCACAGGCCAAAGACAGGAGUUAUGAGACCAUGAUGAAGUUUGGGAAACGGGGUCUCAACCUGGCCGCUAAUGCCGCCGUCACUGCAGCCACCAAGGGCCAGGGUGUGCUUUCUGACAAGCUGCGCAGCUUCAGCAUGCAGGAUCUGACUCUGAUCAACACGGAGGAUGAGCUGGACCUGCGCACAUCAGAAGUUCGGUCAAGGCGAGACCACAUGGACGAGAUGAGCUCGGGGGCCAGCACGCUGCCCCGGGCAAGGAGUUCUUCUGUACGCCAGACCCGCUCUUCAGCGUCUGUUGCCGACGAUGCAUCGUCCCAACACAGCUCUGACCAGUCGGACACGAGGACCGAACACUCAGACGAUGAUCUGGGAGACAAAGGUCUCAAACGCAGCGUUAGCACCUCCAAGACAACCAAAAAGGUAGCGGCUGUGAAGACAGAGCCUCAAACGAAGACAGUGAAAAAGGUCACAAAGAAAAAGACCACCACUAAUAACGCAGAGACGCCUCCAUGAGUCCUGCUGUCCUCAUCCGCUGGAUCCCACCUCCACCCACAGCCCGCCACCCCUCCUCCUGUUGGGUCUCCACAAACACAUUUGCUUUGCAUAACAGGCACUGAAACUGUCCCUGCUGCUGGUUUCUAGAGCAAAGUGCAGACUUAAGUUUUGAAGGCAUAUAGAAGACCUCAAUUUAAGUGUCUGGUUGCAUAUUUUGGGUCACUUUUUAGGGACUGUUUGGAUGAGAUUGAACUGCUAAAGCUUUUUUCUUAAAUUGUUUUAAAGUUAGACAGCAAUCUGCUCAGAAGUACUUCUGCAAACUGAGGUCUAAUUUGUGUUCCCAGUUUGGACUGUGUUGCUUCUUUCAGAUUUAGGCUGCCUUUUAUUUAUAGCAGUGCCAUUUGAAUGCAUUCUUUGCUUUUAGUUUCCUAAAGCUGGGUCAUUUAUGGGCUAUCAGAGAAGUUAUGAGUGAAAACUGUUAAUUGAUAUCAACACUUUUUGCUGUUUUAAUCUACUCUUUCUGUUUUGUCCCCUUUUACUUUGAUACGCUCAAAUAAAUUAUUUCAAGUGUUGGCCUGAGUACCUUCAGGUCUCACUUAAAUAAUAGUUUUAAAGUGACUGUCCUGUCAACGCAGGUGCUUACUUUGUUUUGAAUGCAUCUUUAGUGAAUAAACCUAGUGUUCAGUGAGUCACCAGUGUGUAAGAUAACACAUCUGCUUCCAGCACAGUGAUGGCUGGAUUUCACUGUUUAAUUUCAGCUGUGGAGGGAGAAAGUAUUUGCCCAGCAAACUGCAUGGUUUCCUCUGGAUGCUGAAACAAGGUUUUAGUUUACACUUGAUUUAACCAACAGGGGGAGACAAACUCCACAUCAAGUGUGGAUCACCUAAACAACCCUGGCUGUACUGUACAUACACCAUGAGCGUGCUCCUCUUAUUCUUGUUGCCUGGAUCCUCUUCCCUUCCUGGCCUUGACAAAUCAGACGUACUGAGAACAGAGGAACCGUGAGCCUCAUCAGAACAACUGCACUUUUUGUUUAAAGGAAGUCCUCUCUUCCAGUGAGUCUUAAACCCACAUACUGAAGCUUGAAUAUUAACACCUUGAUUACGAAGUAUUUUAUGGCUAAAAGGUAAAAAUCUACCAUUUCUUUUUUAAUUUAAAGACAUUAUAUUGCUGCAUUUUAUCUUGUAUGAUAUUUAUUGCUGAUUAUUUUGUUUCUUAUUAGUGUGGCAUACAAGGAUGCUAAUUUGUAUAUUUUGUUUGUGCCAAAUAUUAAAGGCGUCAUAUAAAAUGGUGGGCAGAGUGUAUCUGCUUCCCAAAAAGGUUGCUCAUCUGUACAGAGACGGCGACUAAUAAAAUAAAGGAAAUUAAAUCCA